CAGAGGAGAACAGGGCAGCGCCGCAGCCUCCCUCCUCUCUGCACACUCACGUUGGGAUAAGCAGGACUUUACAAAGCCAUUUCUUCUCCCGGACACUUUGUGCUUUUGUGGAGCACAGGAAUAAAACGCAGGAUACUGUCACUUGUUUGCCAGUUGACCUCAUGCCAGCCGACGUCGCCAUGAGCAUCAGCGCCAACGAACUGACGGAGCUGAUGGAAAUGUGGGAGGAGCUGAAUUUAACGGCAGCCGAGCACUAUGACAACCUCUCGCAUGUGGAGACCUUCAUGUGCUCGGGCAGCUUCAGCCACAGCGCCCUCCUCUACACCCUCUCCGUCCUCUACAUCUUCAUCUUCCUGGUCGGCCUGGCCGCCAACGCCCUGGUGGUUUGGGUCAACGUGCGCUCGGAGAGGAACCGCUACGAAACCCACCUGUACAUCCUCAACUUGGCUGUGGCGGACCUGUGCGUCAUGGCCACGCUGCCCAUCUGGGUCAGCUCCCUCCUGCAGCAGGGCCACUGGCCGUUCGGCGAGGCCAUCUGUAAAAUCACCCACCUGGUCUUCAGCGUCAACCUCUUCAGCAGCAUCUUCUUCCUCACUUGUAUGAGUGUGGACCGCUACUUGUCUGUGGCACGGUUUGGCGAUGCCUCCAACAGCCGCAAGAAGAAGAUCAUCCGACGGGCCAUCUGCAUGCUUGUUUGGUUGCUGGCAUUGGCGGCAUCCAUUCCCGACACUUAUUUCCUCCAGGCGGUCAAGAUGUCCCACUCCGACAGCAUCAUCUGCCGGCCGAUUUACCCAUCCGACAGCCCGAGAGAGUGGAUGGUGGGCAUCCAGCUGAGCUUCAUCGUGCUCGGUUUCGCCAUCCCCUUCCCGGUCAUCGCUGUUUUCUACCUCCUCUUGGCCGGAGCGAUCCCUCCCAGCUCGGACCAGGAGCGCCGGAUCAGCCGGAAGAUCAUCCUCACCUACAUCGUGGUCUUCCUGGUCUGCUGGCUGCCCUACCACGGCGUCCUGCUGGUGGACACGCUCUCCCUCCUCAACGUGCUGCCCUUCAACUGCAAACUGGAGAACUUCCUGUUCGUGGCGUUGCACCUCACCCAGUGCUUCUCGCUCGUCCACUGCUGCGUCAACCCCAUCCUGUACAACUUCAUCAAUAGGAACUACCGCUACGACCUCAUGAAGGCCUUCAUCUUCAAGUACUCCACCAAGACGGGCCUGGCCAAGCUCAUAGACGCCUCGCACCCCUCUGAGACCGAGUACUCCGUGGUGGCCAUGGACAACAGCGUCCCAAUGUAAAGGGGUAUGUCAGGGGUAUACCUAAAGACCUCUCAUUUUCACAACCAAAGCUUUACCAGGCUCGGACAGACGCCUGUAAGCACGCAAGAUUUGGGACGAUUUAUACGGCACUGUGCAAAUCUAUGACCAAAACUCGCUUUUGCAGCAUGCUUUGUGCUGUACAACACAUUUUUCUCUCCCUAGAAGCGCCGAGGGGAAUCUAAAGAAAGCACUUCAACAAAGCUGGAGACACUGCGUCCCCCUAAACAGAUGGGCAAAUGACACUGUAAACACACAAGCAUGUAAACACACACAUACACAUCACACACACCUCCCCCACUGGUUGGAGCCUCGACCAAAGACUAUGUUUAUCCGAGCGUGUCAGUUUUGGAGCAGUCAGUCAGCAGAACAAUACAUGGAAGGUCUUUCCACUUACAUUACGCUCCACUACUGUACACAAACUGCAGGUGAAAGCUUUGCGUCAGUCACAGAUCCCUGUCACGAUUACCCAAACCACAGACAUGCAAAGGGAAGACAAAUAUGUUAUGUAAUGUUUCCUUCCAUGCAGUUGCAGGCUAAGUGCAACUUCUCUGCUAACGUUUUUCCAGGGAAAUGAGGAAUGUCACAUUUGCCGAACAAAAAGGCCACAAGAGGAGAUGGCGAUCCAAAAUUUGAAGGCCCACAUUUUGAAUUUGAAACUGUUAAUCUUUGUUAAACUGUAAUAUAGCAAUUUUUUUGUACUGAGUAUAUCCAAACCAAGGAGUAUACAGUCUGAUUUCUUGGUGUUUUCUUUGUAAAUGACUUGAAGGAGUAUAUUUCUUACCUUCAAAAUUUCUUAAGAUACUAUAUUCUGUGAAUAUAUUUAUAGCAAUAUUUACAUGUAAGUGCUAUGAUUCUUAAGUUUGAUGUGGCAUGCAAUGUUGGUCUGCUGUUGUGAGUUUUUUUUUAUACAGAAGUUGAAUCAAUGAAGGUCAUUUUUUGUUUGUUUCAUGCUGAUGAAAAGAGUUGUGUGAUUUAGACUUAAGAGUUUCUGUCUGAAAUGUUUGCAUUUAUCUCCACACGGCAACAACCUGUAUGUGCGUUUACAUUUCAGCUGUGCAACGUUUUCACACUCUAUUUUUGUUAUUAUGUCAUCAGCGAUAUUCUGCUUUAUGCUUCCUGUGUA